GAAUAAUGAGCUAGGGGGUGGGGGAAAAGACUCUUUACUUCCUCUCUUCUAGUUAGCUGCAUCCCUUCAGAGCUCGGCAUAUCUGCAGUGACUUGCUGACCCUAAUGUGACAGCAUGUGGCAGCUGGUGUCCUCAACGGCCCUGCUACUUCUAGUUUCUGCUGGCACACAAGCUGCAGAUGUCCCAAAGGCUGUGGUGGUUCUGGAACCCAAAUGGAACAGGGUACUCACAAUGGACAGUGUGACUCUGAAAUGCCAGGGGGACCAUCUCCUUAGAGACAACUACACGUGGCUGCACAAUGGGAGACCCAUCUCAAAUCAGAUAUCCACCUACAUCAUCAAAAAUGCCAGCAUUAAAAACAGUGGAGAGUACAGGUGCCAGACAGACCAAUCCAAACUCAGUGACCCGGUGCAGCUAGAAGUCCACACUGGCUGGCUCUUGCUCCAGGUCCCUCGGUUGGUGUUCCAGGAGGGGGAGCUCAUUCAACUGAAGUGCCAUAGCUGGAAGAACACGCCCGUACGGAACGUUCAGUAUUUUCAGAAUGGAAGAGGCAAGAAGUUUUUUUACAAUAAUUCUGAGUACCACAUUCCAGCAGCAACAAGUGAACACAAUGGCUCCUACUUCUGCAGGGGGAUUAUCGGGAAGAAAAACGAGUCUUCGGAGGCUGUGAACAUCAUCAUUCAAGGUUCUUCGCUUCCAUCAACCUCACUACUCCUUUCACACUGGCCCCAAAUCCCUUUCUCCCUGGUGAUGGCACUCCUAUUUGCAGUGGACACUGGGCUGUAUUUUGCUGUGCAGAGAGACCUUCGAAGCUCAAUGGGGAACCUGAAAAACAGCAAAGUCAUAUGGAGCCAGGGCUCUUAGGACAAAGGGUGGGUCCUGAAAGCAACCCCUCUGGACCUCUCUCUGGAUCCACAACCCCAUCACCUCCAACAGGCAGCUCUGGGAGCCACAGGAAAACUAUACCUCAGUGUCUAGGUUGAGGGUCCUCCACUCAACUCCAUUUUCUCUUGGUCUCUGCUGGAAAGAAAGAGUCCGUGAUCUUCAAGUGCCAAAUGCACCCCCCAAUGAGUAGCCACAUUGCUCAGAAUUGAAAUCUCGGAGCUACCUGGAUACUUUGUCCGCUCAGCCAUUCUAUCACAGAGAAGCAACUGGGUGGUGACCCAACAUCUGAACUUGUUCUUAAAGAACGGGAUAAGUGGAUAAGAGAAUUAUAGCCGAGGGCCAGCUGGGUAGUAGUCUCCCUCUGUUGCUGCAGGGCUGGUUGCCUUUGAGGCACGCUAAAACCACUUCCAGACAGAUUGUGGGGGCUGUGGAGGGUCUAGGGAGACCCUCAUGUUCUAGGGAGACAGCAGAACCAGUCAAGGGGGUGGCUGAGAAAGAGCAAGGCAGCCGGACCAAGGAAGACCCCUGCCUGGGCUGUCUUCCUAGAACAUGAGCGGUGGUGUAGGUAACAGAACAAUCACGGGUAAUUCGAGUUGAUUUUUGCAGGGAGCCCCUUUUAGAACCUGGACUGUGUGUGAGUAUAUAAUGAUGAAUUGUCUUGAUGUCAUGAGUAGAAAAUGCUCCUGGAAGGGGGUUGGAGGUUGGAGCGUCUUGGGAAAGAAAGCGCAGAACAAACCCUGUGUCCAUAGGAUGAAGAGCAGCAUUGCUUUCCCAGAUUAAGCUCGUGAACAGAGAUAUCUCUGGGUCUGAACUGAAAAAGAAUGACACCAAAGAGUCAACAAUAACUACUCGGGAGGCCAUGGGCAGGAGGUGAGGACAUUAGUUGGCCAGCAUAGUAAAAAUUAGAGAGAGAGCAGGUGCGGAGACUAUCAGACCAGCUUUCUGCUUUAGUAUCUAAUUCAGGCAAAGCUUUGCUCACAUCAUUCACCAAACAAGGUUGGAUAAGCGAUACUAAAUGCACUCAACCCUGCUGAGUUAAACUAUGGAGACUUAAAAUCCCUUGGCCUUUCAGUGGCAGUGGAGUGAGGGUGGGGUCAUGCGAGUUGCUUGUGGAAGAAAGCUUAGCUGUCUCUUUCUGUAUUAGAAGCUUUAAACAGAACACUUCUCGAUUCCAAUAAAGCCUUGAACAAGG